CCCUCCCAGCAGGCAGGACUCUGAUCUGCUGCCUCCUCUCCUCCCUGCGCGUAAACUCAACCGAUAAGACGGCAACAUGGGUGGAAAUCUCCUCCUCCUCCUCCUCCUCCUGCCUCCUCUUCUCCCUGCGAGUAUGCUCAACCAAUCGGACGACAACAUGGCAGAGAUGAUGGUGAAGAAUAUGCCCUUGAAGUUGGGCCACACGUUGACCGUAACCGGGAUCCCCAAUGCGGGUACAAAUCACUUUGAGUUUUAUAUCAGCUCAGGGGAUGACCUUGCGCUGUACAUGGAUGUGCGGUUCAACCACUACCAAGACACGAGGCAGGUGGUCUGCAACUCGCACCAGGCGGGGCGGUGGGGGGCCGAGGUCCACCAGGGUGGGUUCCCUUUCAAGUACAAUGAGCUCUUCAAGUUCACCAUCACCCUGACCCGUGAGGAGUUCUUGGUGCUCCUGAGCGAUGGCUCUGAGAUCCACUUCCCCAACCGCCUGGGGGCGACUGAGUACAAGGACUUCUCCUCCGACAAGGGCGUCCUCAUCCACAGCUUUGAGAUCAACUAACCCUGAGCUGGAUCUCCUCCUUCAGUCUGGUGGCCUCUCCUCACACUAGACCGGUUCACAGGCAGACGAGAACCACUCACUAAAUCAACCUCUGACAUCCCUGUGUUAGAUGUUCUUUACAAAGCUUUUUCUGCAAUGGUACCACUGAUUGAUUUGUUUUGUUUAGGCCUUUGUAUUCCUUUGAGAACAUUGGCCAUUGAUGAAUCGCUUCCUCCCUGGCCUGUCUUGGGCCAUCUUCUCCAUCUGUUGCCACGUCAGUCCUUCCUUCUUGAGUCGUAAAACUGAUGUGCAUUAAAAAAUAUUUCUUUAGCAU